UUUUUUGUUUCUUCCCUUUUUUUUUUUUUUCUUUUCUUCUUCCUUUAUACAAUUAUACUUAUUUUUAUAUAAUGUCUGGAUCCAUCGUGACAAAUACAGAAACCAAAGACCUUUUACGAAUGGAACGCGUUGGGGCUCAUUCACAUAUUCGAGGUUUAGGUUUAGACGAUGCGUUGGAACCUCGACAAACUUCACAAGGAAUGGUUGGACAAUUGAAGGCUCGUAAAGCAGCUGGUGUGAUUGUUAAGAUGAUUUCUGCAGGAAAGAUUGCUGGUCGGGCUGUAUUGAUUGCUGGUCCUCCUUCUACUGGUAAAACUGCCAUUGCUAUGGGUAUGGCUCAAGGAUUGGGAACUGACGUGCCUUUUACCAUGUUGGCUGCUUCAGAAAUCUUUUCUCUUGAAAUGUCAAAAACUGAAGCUUUGACUCAAGCUUUCCGUCGCUCUAUUGGUGUGCGUAUUAAAGAAGAAUCCGAAAUCAUUGAAGGUGAAGUAGUGGAAAUUCAGGUGGAUCGUUCAAUGACUGGUGGAUCAAAAACUGGAAAAUUGACGGUGAAAACCACGGAUAUGGAAACCAUUUAUGAUCUUGGCAAUAAAAUGAUUGAUUCAUUAAACAAGGAAAAAGUGAUGGCAGGUGAUGUCAUUGCUAUCGAUAAAGCUUCUGGACGUAUUACAAGAUUGGGCCGCUCAUUCACUCGUGCUAGAGAUUAUGAUGCUAUGGGAUCAGAUGUCAAGUUUGUUCAAUGUCCUGAAGGUGAAUUACAAAAACGAAAAGAAGUGGUUCAUACAGUUUCUCUGCACGAAAUUGAUGUGAUCAACAGUCGGUCGCAAGGAUUCUUGGCUUUAUUCUCAGGUGAUACGGGUGAAAUCAAGGCAGAAGUACGUGACCAAAUCAACAGCAAAGUUUCAGAAUGGAGAGAAGAAGGCAAGGCUGAAAUUGUUCCCGGUGUCCUAUUUAUUGAUGAAGUUCACAUGCUUGAUAUUGAAUGUUUCUCCUUCUUAAAUCGAGCUUUGGAAGAUGAUAUGGCUCCUGUAGUGAUCAUGGCUACCAAUCGUGGUAUUACCAAUAUCCGUGGCACAAAAUACAAAUCUCCUCAUGGUAUCCCUGUAGAUUUAUUGGAUCGUUUACUAAUCAUCUCAACAAAGGCUUAUGAAGAAAAGGAAAUCAGUGAAAUUUUGACUAUCAGAUGUCAAGAAGAAGAUGUAGAUAUGACAGAAGAAGCCAAAGAUCUCUUGACGAAGAUUGGUGUGGAAACCUCAUUACGUUACUCUAUUCAUUUGAUUACAGCAGCAAACCUUGUAGCAAGGAAGAGAAAGGCACCUGCUGUAGAUGUACAGGAUAUCAAACGCGUAUACAUGCUAUUCUUGGAUGAAAAACGAUCUGUACAAGCCAUGAAGGAUUAUCAAGACCAAUACAUGUUUAAUGAAAACGAAGGAGGUAUGGCUAUCGAUACACCAAUGGAGUUGUAGGUUAUAUGUGCAUUUAUCAUUUUUUUUAUCAUAUUAUCAUUUUUUCCUCCCUACCAUUCCCAUUAUCGUUUUUUAUUUUUAUUAUUAUUACUUUACAUCAUAGCUUCUUCACCAUUUUAUUGACAAUUUGACCUUCUUUGUAGUUGCCUUUUUUUUUUUUAAAAAAAAA